AUGCACGACAACGACCCCGAGGUCCUCGAGAGAGAGAAACAUAAGAACUUGACAGGAAAACAAGGGAAAUCCGCUCCGCAUGACCAUGCACCAGGCUGGAACGAAACUCUUGCGACCGCUUCCGAAGCCGACGUCAAGGCCGACAAGUCUACCGGAUCACCGGCAGAGCUGCAGGCCAGCACCGUUGAAUUGUUGCGGGCGCGCCGUUCUGAGAUUGAAGGAGAAGACGGCACUGGUUCAACUACUGCUUUCUACGCGCGAGACGAAGUUUCAGGCCCACUUUCAAGCGUCCAAGGCAAAGAAGAGGUGACCAUCACCAAACGAAGGAUUCAUCAGGAGGAUGGCAGCACUGAUAUCGUCGAAGAGAUUGAAGAUGUCCAACGAAUGACACCCAGUGAGGAAGAUGCCAGGCUUCCCGAUAGGUGA